AUGCUAUGUCAGCCUAUCAUUUUUACAAAUCUCGGUUUUAUCCCAAUAAUAACAAGCACAACUUCCAUUGCUUCCAUUCAGAUCCAAUACAAGGAGAAUGACAACACUAUGAUGCCAGAGGAAACCUCAAUUUACGUUGAUCUCAAAUACGUUUCAAACUCCAGCCAAAAGAGCCUGAAUCACAAGUGGCACGUCCAUGUAAACCCUGAAGGGGGUGACACUUAUGCAGCCAUGGGUGAAAGGUGUAAAAGUUUGGGAGGACAUUACAACCCUUAUGAAGUAGAUUUGAAAGGAACUUACAAGUCAACAUGCUUCUCUAGUAAUAUGCUGAGGUGUGAAGUCGGCGACCUUUCCGGCAAACAUGCGAUGCUGAACGUUGGAACAGGAAAGAGUUUCUACACUGAUCCUGACCUUCCCUUAUUUGGAGAAAUGUCAGUUAUUGGUCGUGGAGUUGUGGUACAUGCAGAAAACGCUGGGGCUGCCCGCUUGGCUUGUGCUUCCAUUACACCAGUUCCUUCGUUGUACAUUGAGAAAACACUGAAGUACGUCAAGGGAGCUACAUUUUCCAAAGUCACCUUCACAAAGACAAUUAGCGCUGCACUUAAAAUCCCAUCAUGGCGGUUGUUUUAUAUCCGAACAGAGGGCAGUGAAGUUCAAGACUGUGUCACAGUCAAAUUUGGGAUCAUUGGAAAUGUUUCUGAUGGACUCACACCUACAACAAGUGGAACACCUAUCAAUGGCAUGAAAAUAUUUCUGAUGCUUGGCUUGAUUUUACUGGCAGCACAUGCAAAUCUAAGAGCAUAA